GAGAACCAAUCAAGUAAACAUUUGGCUUCCCUGGUUACUGAUUUUUAGGACAAUAUGAUGUUUGGCAGAAAUUUGCUAAAUGGGACUACUUCAAAGGAAAUACUUUAUCAGAAAAGUAUUAUAUUGUAAUCAUAACACGAGGAUGUCGCAUUGAUUGAAUGAAAUAUAGAGCUUUAAGCAGAAAAUAAACGCAAAUUUAACCAGGGAAAAAUAUUCUUGACUUCCGGUGCAUGAGGUUUUUUUUAACUAUUUUAUUUCAGUAAAAUGUCCAAACGAUGAUUUGACUCCGUAUAUCUGGUAGUGAGUUUAACCAAUAUUUGCUUAUGGUAGAAAUAUUGUCUUUGGUUGACUAUUUAUAUAAUUGAAAACAAAUAAACAUGCCACUGGCACAAACUAGACUGGAGACCCUGCAAGUCUGUAAACUGCUACAAUGUGUGCGUGACAAGGACAAAUCUCAGAUAGAGAAGAUGUCACUUCAGGGUGUACCUCAUCUAAUCAAUUACAAUGAUGCAAACGAGGGUCAUACAGCUCUGUCCGUAGCAGCAUGCGCUAAUGAUGAUGACAUGAUUGACUUUUUACUAAGCCUUGGUGCUCAUCCAGAUGUCUUAGAUUUCAAGGGUAGAUCAGCAGCGAUGAGAGCAGCUGAAUAUGGUCAUGUAGAUUGCCUUGCAAAAUUAGCUGAGAAAGGUGCUAACAUGAAACUUACAGACAGAGAAGGAAAAGGAAUAUUGUUCUAUUGUAUUUCACCAACACAACGUCAUGCUAAGUGUUUAGAGAUUGCUGUGCUGAAUGGUGCAGAAGUUAAUAACACUGACAAGCAGGGUAUCCCUGUGUUACUGCACGCCUGUGAAACAGCCAUGGAUAAUGAAGAGAUGUGUCUAUUACUUAUUCAAAAAGGGGCAGAACCUAACUCAAAACAAGAGGAACCAGAAGAAGGGUUUGGUCCUGAUCCCAAGAAAAAGAAACCACCAGCCAAGAAAAAAUCUAAGAAGAGAGUUAAGGGCCUUAAAUUUACAGAUCCUGAUGAGAAAACAGGAAAGUCAGCUCUGAUGGCUGCUGCUGCCAGUGGAAGUGUCAAGGUCAUUAGGGCAUUACUUCAGAAUGGGGCAGAUGUUAAUGGAACAGAUCUACGUCACAAUCAUGCAGCACACUUUGCUGCAGCUAGUGGAUCAUUAGAGGUCCUUGCAUGUAUGGCAGGUUUUGGAGCAUUAUUUGACCAAGUUAACUCUGAUGGUAACACACCAUUACAUAAUGCUGCUGCAGCAGGAGCUGGAAUGUGUGUUAAGUUCCUCGGACAAAGAGGUUGCAAUCCAAAACCAAAGAACAAUGAAGGUAACACUGCUAGAACAAUAGCAAAAGAUAUGGGACAUAAAGAGGCGACCAAGGAAGCAAGAAAAGCUGAAAAAUCAUUUGGAAAAGUUGGAAAAAAUAACGAACCUUAUUCAAUUGCACUUUAUGACUUUGUUUAUGAACGUCAAGAUAUGAUUAAAAAUAUGUUCCAAAAGUAUUAUGAUCCUGAUGAGGAAGGGACUGUAAGUAAGAAUGAAUUUGUUGAUACAAUGCUGGGGAUGAACCCACCAGUAAAUGAAGAAGAACUGAGAAAAAUUGCAACCUCUAAUGAAAAAGGUGGUAAAAUUGACUAUAACGAAUUCAUUGGCGGAAAGAAAUAUGUUAAUAAAAACUAUUUGAUGAGUGCGUUUGAAGGAAAGAAGAAAAAAGGAAAGAAGGGAAAGAAAGGAGGGAAGAAGAAGGGAAAAUUUAAGCUGGUAAUGCCAAUUUGCACAUCGGAGGAAGGUCCGAGAACAUAUGGUGGAGGCCCGCCUGAAAUGUUUAUAGAGAAACAUAUACACUUCACAGACACUGGGAGGUUUGAUAGGGACCAUCCACCCAAACAUCCACUUCAAGAUGACUCGGCCUGGUAUCUUCAACAUCCUGAAAAGACAUACCUCAAUAUCAAUGAUGCAGCAAGGAGUGGAGAUUUUGAUUCAUUGAAGACUGCAUUCCAGAGAGGAAUACCUGCUGACACAAGAGAUAAAUACUACAAGACACCACUAAUGGUCGCCUCAGCUGCUGGAAAUAUUGAAAUGGUCAAAUUUCUCCUGGAAAACAGUGCAAAUGUGAAUGCUCGUGACAACUUCAAAUGGACGCCGCUACACCAUGCCUGCCAUGCUGGACAACUUGAUAUUGUAGAGACGUUGUUAAAUCAUGGAGCAGAAAUGGACGCACCAGCUAUGAGUGGUGGCACACCAUUGACCCGUGCCAUUGAAUCUUCCAGAGAACAAGUGGUAGACUUCCUUAUACUAAAAGGAGCCAAAAUGCAGACCGAGAACAAGAAAGGUCAUAACCCUGUGGAUAUUGCUCAGUCGUGGGCAGAUCCUCGUGUCUUACACUGUGUACAGUCCAAGUGGGACAGUCUGCCCCCUGUUGGUGGUAAAGGCAAGGGUGGUAAAGGAAAGGGAGGCAAGACCACGCCAGCGAAACGACCCCAGUCUGUGCCUGCUGGGGACGGACCCCCUGGCACUGCUAGGGAUAUGCCAACCAGUGCUCGUCAAAAUUUGGAAGAGGGUGCUCCACGUCAGAGAAAAGGUUCUAUAUUACGGGCAGCAUCUGCACUUGCAGGCGGAAUAGAUGAACAAGAAAAUGUAACUUACACUCCACUCAAAGCUUGGACUAAACAACCAACCACCAAAGAACUUAUUGAUGAUAAAGUUGUAAAACGAGAACGAUUUGGCUGGGAAGUUGAUUUUGAAGACUUUGAAAUGCCAUUUAAGAAAAACGUCUCAAAGAAAGUCGAAGAAAUGGGUGGGGUAGAUGAUGAUUGAUGUCACUGUAUAUAUAGAUGUAAUCACCUUUAAUGUAUGAAAGUUAUAGCCUGAAAUAACUGAACAUUCACUGAAAUUUUGCUGCAUUUUUUUUGUUCAAACUCUAAAGUAGACUAAAUCAUAUUAUCAAUGCCUGUUUUAUAGAUAAGAGACUUUACUUGUUACUGUACAGUCAAAAGUGUCGGGAUUUUGUUAUUGAUUUUUAAAACAUUUCAGCCACCUAGUUGUACAAAAAAAAAUAGUUCUGUUGGACAGAGUGGAAUACAAGUGUCCCGCUGGAAUGCCAGUAUGUGACAGCUUCUAGUAUGUGAUAAGUUGCUUUCUAAAUUAAUUAUGAUGUGGUUUUACAUGAACAUUUGACUGUACAUUAUCCUUUUGUCAUUUUCUUUCGAAUGUCAAUGUAUCUUUUCUGCAAUGUGUAUGAAUAUUGUCACUAUGGUUAAAGAAGUUUUUUAUUGAAAGAUUGACUGAAAAUGUUUUACAUCUUGUGAUUUUAUAAUGUUACAGGGCAGGGCUUUGGUAACAGUUAUCUUGGAACUAUUAUUCGUAAUCUAAGAUACUACUUUACCAAAUAUGAGCCGCGCAAUAAGAAAACCAACAUAGUGGCUUUGCGAUCAGCAUGGAUCCAGACCAGCCUGCGCAUCUGCGCAGUCUGGUCAGGAUCCAUGCUGUUCGCUUUAAAAGCCUGUUGCAGUUAGAGAAACCAUUAGCGAACAGUAUGGAUCCUGACCGGACUGCAUGGAUGUGCAGGCUGGUCUGGAUAUACUUAAAGUGGCUUAAAACUUACUGCUGUUCAUACUGUGUAUGUACAUUAUAUUUUUGAGAUUAUAGAAAAACACCAAAGAUUUCAAAUACUGCUGCUAUCUUAAAAAUCUGUUUACAUAAUACAUGUGCUUGCACUGUUACUUGAACGUUGUUUGUGUGGAAAAUCACCAGAAAAUUCUGCUCUUUUAUUUGAAAUUUUUCACUUAAAAUCUGUAUUACUUGAACUAAGUAUAUAUAUAUACUUUUAUGCAGAGCAGACUUCUGAUAUAUUAUUAUGAGUGCAUUAAUUUUGUUACUGCCAGUAUUUGUAAUGUGUACUAGAUGCCACAUGAUGCAGAUGUGGCUGUAGUGAGGAAAGAUUUGUGCCUCUUGUCAGGGUCAAUAAAUAAUUAACGAAAAUAUUAUAAAAAGCAUAAACAAUGAGACAAUACUCCAUAUGUAUUUGUAACGUUUUGGUAUCAUAGGAGAAGAGGUUCAAGGAUAAAGAUAUUUAAUCUACUUUCUACAUUGGUUCAGUUUUCUCCAACAGCCAAACAGUCUGUAUUUAGAAGUUUUCCAGUAGAGUAACAUCUUCAGCUCUUUGAAAAGUGGCAGGACUUUUUCGUCAUAUCAUUUUUUUCAUGUUUAAAACUGUGAUAUAUAAAUUGGCAGUGUUGUUUCAUUUCUGAUUAGCUGUGAUAUUACUGAAAUACAUUACAUGUGUCAUUCAAUUGUGCUACACUUGUAUCUUAAUCUGAAUUUAAGAUAUGAUGUACUGAAAGCUGUGUUUUAACCUUUAGCCUGCUGACAGCAAGUGAUUUUGCCUUUGCAACCAGUGCAGACCAAGAUCAGCCUGCAUGAUGAUCAUGGUCUGCACUGUUCGCUGUUCAGGCUGAAAAUUUUCAGUGAACACCCUUUUGAAUAAUAAGUGGUACUGCCCAAAUUGAAUGAUGGACCAGUCCAUUUUAGAAAUUGAGCAGGCUAAAGGUUAAUAGAAAGAUGUGUUAUUUUGUAAUUAUGCACUGAUUAUUAUUUGAAUGUGUUAUUGUGAACUGCUGUUAUUCGAAUAUAUUAUGUAAAAGAUAUUUCAUGGUUACUGAAUAAAACUAUUUCCCUUUA